AUGUUGUUUGUACUUGUCCUUACGCUACUCGACAUGCACAGCGGCCCUUUGGGCAUCAAAUGUGGCACACCCCCCUCUGAACAAUUGCCGAGUCUUGAACAGGGUAUUUCAUUAAAGUACAUGCAAAGCCAGAAAAGGGAAAAAAGCCAUAGGGUUGCUGCUCAUUCUAGAAAGCAAAAGCAGCCCCUCCUGUUCCUGAGCGCCAUAUCCGUGUGCCACCGCCGUAGCCCGUUUCGCCUCCCUCGAAAGGCCUUUGGCCGCCGGUAUUCCUGUACAUGA